AUAAAACCCCACUCCCGUCACCAAAGAGUCCAAGCUAGCUAGCUAACAACCUGCUGUUUGUGCAGCUGUACAGUAAUGUCCUUCAGCUAUGUCUGCAGUUUCUAAAGUUGUUCUUGGAGCAUCCGUAGUAUUGACUAUUGCCACUGUGUUAGGAGUGCAUAUCAGGCAGUACUGGGACAGAGAGAGACUGCACGACGGAGUGCUGCGAGACCUGGAGCGUUUAGAGAGGAAGCGCGAAAACCUUCGAGCCCUGGAGAACCAGAUAAUACUGACCAGAGAGCUUGUGGCCGAGCGAGAGAGGCAGGAAACCCAAGGUGGCAAAUAGCGCG